AUGGCGGAAGCAAACACGGUGCUUGAGGCACGUCUGAGCACAAAACUAGAGCAACUCCCUCCAGGUUAUCGAUACGUCGUCGGAGGCGCCAUCUUUCGCCAGCAUGAAGGACGCAUCCGUCGAUCACGACCCGAACUUCUGCUGCUCAGACGAGCUCCGAGCGAAACAUUACCAGGCAACUGGGAGAUACCGGGAGGCAAGAUGGAAGCUGGUGAGACGAUUCGGGAAGCACUUUGCAGAGAAGUCUUCGAAGAGACAGGCUUGGAGGUCAAGUCUGUAGUCCAGCGACUGCUCGACGUGCAUUGGUUUCACAAAGACUCUGGUGAUCGUUGGGUGCAGAUGGGGUUUCUGGUGACUGUUGAGAGCACGGAGGAAGUGCGCCUUGACCCGGAGGAGCAUGAUGACUGGAUGUGGAGCUCGAAGGAUGGAGCGGAGAGACUGCCUCAUUUGUCUGGGCAGGCUCAAUUGUGGGAGGCUGCUUUCCGUGCGCAGGCUGGGCUGGAGGUGGUGUCUCCAAGGCAUGAUGAUACGGCCGGGCCGCUCAUUUAUGUCGUUAGGGCUGUGGAUCACCAUUGA